CAAAAAAACUAGAUUUAAAUCAUUUCAACUCAAGACUUCAGCCAGUGAGCCACAGUCGUAGUGAGAGCCAAACACUUGUGUAAAACCACAAAAUCUGCAAUAUUGCGAGGAAUUUCAAGCCAUAUUUGUGACCUAAGCCUUCAGUGAACUGAGUUAGCAAAGAGUCCUGAUACCACCAGAUACUUCUUGUGGAAAAUUCAGAGACCACAAUCUGCCACAAGAAAACCAUGUCUGCCUACAACAUGGACAUCAUUGAAUCUUUUAACCAAGCUGUCAAAGACAUGCAAUGGGAAGAGCUAGUUUCUACUGUCAGACUGGCUCUCGAUGAUGUAUUGGCGGAAGACGCAUACGCUUCACUUCCCACAUUCACUCCACCUGCACCUGCCCCUGUCCAUGCUGGGUUUGAGCAAUACACCGAUACUAAGGCUGGUGAAAUGAAGGUACAGGGACUUUGGGGAUUUUGAGCCCUCUGAAGCAGUUACGCUGUUUGAUCUAGACAGCUCACGGUCUAUCCCUGCUCCUGCCUUGGUGUACAAAACACUGAGACAUGAAGACAUUAUGGAACAAAGUCAUUACCAGGCCAAUGCAAACCAGGAGCAGUUGCUGUCCCAUCAGUGGACUGUGGAUAAUGCUGCAACAGUAUCCCCAGCUGCCAGUCAGCCUGUGAGUGCUGCUGCUCCUCAACAAUUCGUCAAUGGACUGGAGAUAAUCUCUGAAGAGCUCAUGAAGCAGCUGCAGCCUGUUGGAGAGUAUAAUGGGACUGUGAUAUAUGAUGACUACCGAACAGUAGCUGCUCCUCUCAACACCACAGUCUCAAAGAAGAGAAAGCGUGAAGCCACUAUAAAGAAGCCACUCAACGCAUUCAUGCUAUUCCUGAGGGCCCAACAUCCAUUAGUUGCAGAUGACAUAGCUAAAGGAGGGAGAUCAGCAGUGACUAAGCACCUGGGGGCCAUGUGGAAGUCGAUGACAAAUGAAGAGCAGGCCAAGUAUUACACUCAGGCUGAUGCAGAAAGGCGGCUCCAUGCUCUGAAAUACCCUGAGUGGUCCAAUUUGGACAGCUAUGGCAAAAAGAGGAAAAGGGUCAGGAGGAGAGGUUCCUUCAGCCAAAGAUGAGAUGAAUCCCAAUCACUCACAGACUCAAGCAGAUGUGCCCGCCAACACUGGUGCCACAGAAACCCCACAAUCAUAUGUGAUGGAAGGGUCAGACCCGCCCCCAGCUUUAACAGGGACCACAGAAAUGAGUCCCCUGCAAUCUGUUCUGGUGCUGCCUCCGCGAACAGAGACGGGUUGGAUGUCACUGCAAAACCAGUCAACCCAAGUUCAACUGCCACACAGAUCCACUCCACUCCCUUAUCAGGGCUGCCACACUUGUCAGAUGCAACAGAUGUAUAACAACAUCCCUGGUCCAGCACUGUCAGGAGUAGCGACCACGUCCUGGGCUGUCCGACCUGCACAUGGACAGCCCUUUUGAAAAAUUCAAAUAAAACUUGAAGCAUAGAUGUUUUUUGUUGUUGUUGUAAACUGAUCAUAUACCCAACAUUGUGUUCAAGUUGUCAGUUAAGUGAAACUAAACUAAAUCAAAUUCA